GUUUGUGACAAAAGACUCGCUGAAGUAUUAAAUGAACAUUGUGAAUAUUUUCGGCGCUGAAAAUCAUGAUUCGAUUUGUUCUGGUCUGUUGGUUGAUUGCAUUUUGUUGGGUUCAAAGUGCCGAUUCAACGGAAUAUUUAAAGAAUUUGUUGACAACCACGCCAUCGUCUAGCCAUAUCAGCGAUUUUCGUAAACAAAAACGAACCGAUUCACGGGCCGACAAACCCGAUACAUUUCCUGGCUUCGAUUUGCAUGAAGAUUCAACAACCCCAUCGCCACGUAAACGCCGUCGGCAGGCUUAUUCGCAAUUGAUUCGAUUAUUUUUGCAAAAUACCAGAGACCGUUUGGACACCAUUCGCGAUGUCAUCAAGGAUGAAAGUGAAUUGCAUUUUCGAGUGACACGGCCACCUGGCGAAGUGGUGACCGAGUCGAGCGAUUCAAUGGAACAAAAUGCCGAAAUUCGAUUUUCCGACGAUGACAAUCGCCAAUUCAUCGACUUUGCAUUUGCCGACGCAACGAACGCCGACGAAUCGUCGAAAAAUAUUGACAAAAUUGAAAAUAAGGACAGAGACAAUGCGGCGCAUACAUAUUUAAAUUCACUUUUCGCAGCAUUUGGAUACCAUCGAAUAACAACAACGCCAAAUCCAAUUGAAAGUGACGAUGAAACAACAUCAGGUAACAUCAUCGCACGAUACUUAAUAAAUCCUCUGGUAAGCGCUUGGAAUUCGACACGUGAACGAUUCAAUUGGAACGAUGCAAGGCAUGGUGACAAUGACGACAACAGCAACGACGACGACAACGACGACGAAAGCAGUAGCGAUGCAAGUGAUGGCCAAACUAUGUUAUUCCGCGUUAAUUUCUUUGACAAUCUUGAUAAUAUCACACCGAAUAUGCAUACAAAUUCCACAAGCGUUGCGAACAAAGACCCAAAUGAAAACCGUGUCGAUAAUUUCAAUUAUUCACUGCCACUUAUCCAACUUACGCCAAACAAUGUCACAGACGAUAUGCUAACAAACGAGACAAUGACAACAUUGCAAGUAAAUGCAAAUACAGCGAACGUAAGCCAAACCAUAGUGGAUGUUGAUUACAUUGGCGAAGAUCACAUUGGCAGUGACAAGAAACCACGCAACACCGUCAACACAGUCAGUCGAACGGCACAUAGUGUUGAAGAUGCAGCCGAUGCUUUUCGAAAUGCAUUUUUGAAAUAUUCAAAUUAUAUGCAGCAGCAGCAGCAGCAGAACUCAACGGAACAUGCAAAGUUUGACACUUCAACGAAUGAAAAUGCAAAAUUCACACGCAACAAGGAUUCGCAUGCAAUGAAGAAUGACAAACUUAUAUUGGAUGGUGACGGCAGCGGUGGUGGUGGUGGAUUUUUCGCCGGCAAUUUAUUCGAGUCAAACUCAAGUCACAUUCAAGUGGUGCCAAGUAAAACGCUUAAAACAAAUGCAUCAUCAAUAAGUGAAAAUGUUACCACUGGAAAUGAUGUCGAUGACAUCGGCAUUGAACCAGCUAAAAGCUUUUCAGAGAAGGCGGGCGUAUUGAUUUUGGAAAUAUUUGGCACAGUGAUUGGUAUGACAUGGCGCGCAGUCAGUGGAAUACCGAAUUACUUGAAUGCUCAGCAUAAUAACAAUCAAAAUGAGGAUGCAUAAAUUGUCAUACACGCGACAUCCACCAUACAAGCGUGUUUUGUACACGCAGCGCCCGUGUACUUCGUAGUGGAAAAAAAGUGAAGCUUGCUGGUCACCAAUAUUGAUGUUCACGGACAUCAAAAUGUGGGUAACGGCCAUUCUUCGAGAAUUUCGUGCAUUUGUGCAAUGGGAUUUUAUUUAAAAUAAAAUCUCAACUGUGAUUUUUAGGUAUAAAUUGAGAAAAGAAAUGUUCGAAAAUCAGCUUUGAAUGUAGUGUGAUUCGUUAUAGGCGACAAACAAUAGGAUCCAGGAUUAAAUGCAACUGGUUGUUUCUUAAUUUAUUUAGACAUUAAUGUUUGUGCUAUCGUUUGUGUUGUUUAUCAUCAAAGCACGCACAAUUGCCAUCUCAAGAAAAAAAUAAAAAAAUAUUUUGUGAUCAAAAUAGAAUUAUUUAAUCAAUACAAAACAUCGUAUUCAGUUGGACUUUCGAUAAAAAAAAAGAUGCGUUCCAAAUCAUCGAUGAAUCGCUAGUGAUCCAGGAUCGAACAACCAUCAACGAAAAAAUCAUCUUGCUUUGUGAAAAAAAGUUGUGUUUUCUCGAUGUGUUUAUGAAUUCAUAUGUGAAAUUUGCUAGAAAUUGAAGAACUUUAUAUUUUCAGUGCGUAAAGUGGGCGAAAUAACGCUUAAACGAUUUGAUGUUCGUGAACAUCAAUAUUGAUGACAAGCAAGCUUCACUUUUUCUCCACUACGAAGUACACGGGCGCUGCGUGCAAGUUUCUGGAUGUCACGUGUAUGUAAAUUGUUGAACGAAUGAAAAAGUCAUCGAUUUCAACCAAUGGAAUACUUGAAAAUGGUUUGUGUAUGAUACCAAUUAAAUGUAUUCCACUGACGAAAGCCGAGUUCAUAAUGGAAUUUUGAUUGUCUAAUCGUGUAAAUAAUGAUACCAAAAUUAGCAUGACACAGGCAUAAAUAUUGACACAGUCAUUAAACUCAUAAAUUAUUGAUAAGCGGAUAUAGUUUUUAAGGCUG